AUGCCAAUCCCAACCCGCUCGCUUUCGCUUCGUGAGCCCCGCAAGCAGUCUUCCACCGCAGGCCGCGCAACAGCGGGCAAGCCAGCACCCACGACCUCCACGGCUGCGACCGGCACCACUUCGACUGCUGCGACCGGCAACGAGAACUUACCUCGGGGCAAGAGCCUCCUACCAAUACGUGAUGAUGCCCGCGUGACAAGGUCCUCCCGACCGCAACAACAGCCAGAGAAUCGAACCUCCCAAAGGGCAAGCAAGCCCUCGGAAAAAGGACAGCAGUCCGCGCAGGAGACUACCGGUAUAGCCCGUCGCCAAAGCCUGAUCCGACCGAGCCCUCUGAAACCAUCGGUCCCCCUGAAGCCUACGAUCAGCUCAACAGUAUCUCGACGAACCAAUGUUGCGCCCGGUCCAUCAUCUCCGGUCAAACAAGAGAUAGCAUCCAAACAAUAUGGACGGCCUUUAUCUCCGAAGAAAACAGAUAUGCCUCCCCCACCGCGAAUGGUCCGGUCGGCCUCUCUGAGACAGCUUGCCGCUUCGAGCUCGAGCACUCCGUCCGUGACUAGAGGUCACACGCGCCACCGCAGCCAGGGGAUCACACUAGCACCGAGUCAAACUUCGAGAAAGGUCGAGCCUCCCUCACCAUCGCCCACCGCCACCCCACGGUCAAGGGCUCAGUUUACGACCUACCAACAAGCCUUUUCGCCAAAAAAGAGCGCCAAACCGGCAACGGCAGCCCCCUUGACAGAUGCUUCUGCGGUGGAUACAGAUUCCUCGUUGAUUCCGUCAUCUUGGCCAGAGGUUGCGGCGCUGCAAACCGAACUCUUACAGCUGAGCCUCGUUCAUUUGUCUUCCUCCCAGCAGCAUGUCGAAUGGGAGGGUAACGCUGAGGCACAACUACGGAUCGAGUAUGAUUCAGUGGCAAGCGACUACCGAGCGGCCUUGAGCGAAGAGAAGGGAUACCAAACCCAACUCAACGGGCAGGCGUUGCAUUACUGGCUUGAAAACUCCCGGGAGCGCAAUGGACAGCAAAGCUUUACGGAGCAGGUCCGGGUGCUUUCUCAGGUGGCGGAGGAAGUCUACGACCUAUCGGAUAGUUUGGGAGGACGGUAUGCAGUGAUCGUCCAGGAAUUCGAAGCCUGGUUUCAAGGGGUCGAAGAUAUACGGACCCAGCGUCUCCGCCCAGAUCGAGCGUUGGAUGAGGUGGUCUUUAUUGAUCCCUUGAACCAGACCUGGAGGAACGAGGCAUCUGCUUUGGUCAUGAAGCUGGAACUGUGCUUAAGACAGCUGCAAAGCCUGGACAUCCUUGGAUAUGGAGAAGCAGGAGACCUUGGCGGCUCUGCGCUGUUCCGGACAGCAACACGACUGGAAGAGAUGGCCAACAUGAUGAUCGAGGAACUGAACACGAUCCGUAAGAUUGAAAGCGACGUUGUAAAGUCCGAGAGAGUGUGGGUUAGUCAGCUGGCUCGGCAGUUGACUGCAGUGUCGGCACAUGACCAGAGACGUCCAAGAGUUGGGAUGUGGAAACAGUCAUUGUUGCACUCAUGA